AUGGAUGACGACAGCGACAUGGAAGACUAUGGCUUCGACUACUCAGAGGAUGAGAUGGAGGAGCAGGAUGUGGAUGUGGAGAACCAGUACUACAACAGCAAGGGCCUCCUGGAGACGGAAGACGGCCUCGACGAGGCGCUGGCCGGCUUCCAACAGGUCCUGGAGAUGGAGUGCGAGGACCGCGAGAAGUGGGCCUUCAAGGCCCUGAAGCAGAUCGUGAAGGUGCACUUUCGCCGCGGCGCAUCAGAGGACAUGCUGGCCGCGUACCGUCGCCUGUUGGACGCCGCCGCGGUGCCCUCCAUCUCCCGCGCCGCGGCGGAAAAGAAGCUUAACUCGGUGCUGGACUGCGUGGGAGCCAGCCCCGACGCGGCCCUGCUCCGCGAUUUCUACGCGGCCACGCUGGAGGCGUUGCGCACCCACCCCAACGAUCGCCUCUGGUUCAAGACCAACAUGAAGCUGGCCACGCUGUGGGUGGCGGAGGGCCAGAUGCAGCGCGCUCUCACCAUCCUCAACGCACUGCACAAGCUGUGCACCGCGGAGGACGGCGGCGCGGGCGACGACCACAAGAAGGGCACCCAGACACUGGAGGUCAUUGCGCUUUUGAUCCAGGUGCACACUGCGCAGCGGGGGACCAAGGCACUCAAGGCGCUGUACGCGGGCGCGCUGCGCAUCCGCUCCGCCGUCCCGCACCCGCGCAUCCUGGGCGUGAUCAAGGAGUGCGGGGGCAAGGUGCACAUGGCCGACCGCGCCUGGGAGGCGGCGGCCACCGACUUCUUCGAGGCCUUCAAGAGCUACGACGAGGCGGGGGCCGCGGCGCGCGUGCGCUGCCUCAAGUACUUGGUGCUGGCCACCAUGCUGAUGCAGAGCGGGGUGGACCCCUUUGACUCACAGGAGGCUCGGCCCUACAAGAACGAGCCGGAGGUCGCCGCCAUGACAGCGCUGGUGGACGCGUACCAGAGCAGCGCCAUCCCGGAGUUUGAGCGCAUCCUGCGCACCCACCGCGCGGCCAUCAUGGCCGACCCCUUCAUCGCGCAGUACGUGGAGGACCUGCUGCGCAACGCGGUGUCGCGCCUGGUGCAGUCCUAUUCGCGCAUCCGCCUGUCGGCCAUCGGGGAGGAGCUGAACAUCCCACCGCCCGAGGUGGAGUCCCUGCUGGUGUCCAUGCUCCUGGACGGCAAAUUUGCGGGCGCCAUAGACCAGGUCCAGGGUGUUUUGACCCUGGACCGCGCCGACCCAAAUGACGCCCGGCACGCGGCACUCGAGCGCUGGGGCUGCCAGCUGGCGGCGCUGCAGGGCACGCUGGCGGCGCGCCUGAAUGCGGUGUGA